UUAUAUUUAACAAAUUUAGUCAUAAACGCGAGCGCGGCUUCUUGUAAAAUCAUUCAUGCCUUGGACGGCAUACGCAAUAGCACGGCGCGCAAUUUAACGGAUUAUUAUUAUAUUGGAUUAACGUGGAGAGGAUAUUUUGCAUAGUAAAAAGAAUUUAACAAACACUCUUGAAUGCUAUAGUGCUAUAAAUAAUUUCCGAAGCUGUAGUAGUAGCCGUAGUCGGUUCGUGUUUUAAAUUUACCGUUAUUAUUUGGACGUGCAUUGGUGUCUCUACGUGCAGUAGUAAAAAUCGUGAAAAAUGCGUUUUGAAAUCUAUGCGUUGAUAAUAUUUGGAUUAUUCUACUUCUCGGAAGGCAAGCCAUGUCCGGAAAAGACGCGUCCACACAAAACGCGCUGCGAAGCGUACUACAAAUGCUUUGAGCUAUCUUCCAAACGCCAUGUUUGGGUUCCCGAAAAAUGUGAAUCCGGUCUGAUAUAUGAACAUAAUCUUGGAUUAUGUGUAUUACCCGAUGAUGAUUGGGAAUGUACACUAGGAGUUGGUACAGGAGGUGACAAAGUAGCGGCUAAGCUGGCAACGAAAGCUGAUUCAAGUCCAAGCCACAAACCAAUAGCACUAACAAACAAGUUGAAAAAUACAGAACUACAUAUUAUAAAUAAUAAGCAUGAAGAAGAUGAUGAUGAGACUGAUGCUGCAAUAUCCUCAUUGAAAGAAAUACACCACGACAAUGAUAUGGAAGUUAUAAGCCAAAGUAAUAUAAGCAGUGAAGAAGAGAGGGAGACUUUUCGCGAUGAUAUUGAAAUAGAGUCCAGUGGUGAUGGUGUUGGUGAACUAAUGGAAAUGGAUGGUUUUCUGCAAGUGGAAAAUCGUGAAGCAGAUGAACACGAAGGUGUUGAGCAACCUAACGAAGAUGAUGAAAACGAAAUAAAACCCGAGACAGUGACGAAAAAGUCUAAAAUUGAUCCGAAAUUAACAGCACACUUGCAGCGUUUAUCACAAUUGAUUGAUGGACUGAAAACUCAAUAUCAGAAAGAAGAUGAGGAACAAACGGAAUUACGACCCGAUCAGUUAAAUGCUUUUCUGGCACAUUUUAAUAUACAAAACAAAUUUAAUUUGAUUAAACCUAGCUUUGAGGCGAAUUCGAAAGAAAAAAUAGAUACAACAACAACUACUGAGGCGCCAGAGUCCACUACACAAUAUCUCAAAUAUGCGUCCAAGAAUAAGACACUCUUGCAAGAACAUUUAGAUAAUAAACUUAAACCGGAAACAAAAGUUGUACUCACCAAUGCGCUGCCGAAACGUUACGAUAACACAGGUUAUUCGAAUUCGCAAAUUGUCGUAAAUCGUCCAGAAGGUUCGGUGCUCUUCACAUUGCCGCAUUAUGGUAAUGAGCACUCCGAUUAUGGUCACAAUUCACCGAAAAUAUCUGAGGAAACAUUAAAAACUGUAUUGGAAUUAUCGAAACAAAUGAUCGCCACACAAAACGUACCGAAAAUAAUACCAAAUGCAGGUUAUUAUGCGCAGCCACUAAUACAACCGCUCUUCUUACCCGCUUCAGCAUUUCAAACGCAGACGCAGGGGAAUCCUUUUGCGGCAUACUUUGGUGGCAAUAACAAUAAAAAUCAGCAAGUGGAUUACGAUGAAAACGAUAACAAGUUUGGUCAAUUCACAGGCACUUACAAUAAUCAGCUGACAGCACAUAAACAGCUACUACGUCCAGCCAGUAGUUAUAGCAAACCCGGUAAUACUAUCAUACACAACAAUGUCAUACCGGUGCAUCUGAUGUCCACGAAUUCGGGUGAAAAAGAAAUUGUCGACAGCUACGGCCAGAGUUUAGGACUUUAUCCACCACUUAACAAUGAAAAUCAUAACAGUUAUCAAAGCCACUACGGCAACACACAUAAUUUUGUAGAUAAUAAAUAUCUAGCUAGCCUCACCACCGAGCGGCCACAAAUUUCCACCACACCAGCGCCCAGCUAUGCUGCGCAAUAUGUACCAUCAUAUGCCACAGAAUUGGGUGCGACCACCACACGGCCCAAUGAGUAUCAACCCACAGCGCCAACACUCACCGAAUACUUUUCACCGAGUCCACAUUUGAAUGAGAACAACGUUAACAAACUGUUUCAAACCAACGACCGCUAUCCGACCGUACAAUACGAUGAUCUACCACGUCCGUUAAGUUUAGGACGACCGUCACUCUUUGCGCCACACAUCGACACACAUAAAAUUAAGUUACGUCCAAAUGGUAAUAAAUUCGAAAGCAUGGAGAUCGAACCGGACGAUUAUAAUGACAAUCAUGCGCGUCCACUGCCACAAUUGUUCACUUACAACUAUGACAAUGAUAAAACGGAUCAAUAUGAGGAGCCGCUAUACAGUAGCGCUGGCACAAGUGGCAAUAAACACAUCUAUAUGCCACGUCCGUCGGCGGGCGCUGCGGCUACACGUCCCACUUAUACAAAUGCGGCAAAUAAGUUGAAACCUUACAAUACACACACGUCCGCUUCGUUUGCUGAUGGCACACAACUAGUGAAUAUGGGUGGUAAUUUCGUUAGUUACGAUGUCUUCCAAAACACCAUACUACCGCUACUUGGACACACGCAAACGCUCAAUGAAUUAAAUAAUGUUGAAGUAAUCACUUGCACCACCGGCGUACGUCAACCGAACACCACCGAUUGUACGCGUUAUUAUGUGUGUAGCAAAAAGGAUGGGAAAGUGCUCUCCUACUCGUGUCCACCAUACACCGCUUUCAAUGCACAAUCGCGCAUAUGCGACGCACAAACGUAUGCUGUAUGCACGCCAGAUGCGAUAAUCGGUAGUUACACGGUGUCAGAGAAUAAACGUUUGCAAUUGGAAGCGUACAAAGCGCUGCAAGAUGCCAAGCGUCGGCAAGAGCAAGCGCUCAAAGCACAAAAUCUGGUGAAUUUACUGCAAAAAUAUGGUGGACAAACGCAAGCGUCGAUGGCGGUAGAUGCCAACGACGAGGGGCCGGCUGAUGAUAGCGAUGAGAAGCAUAUACUAGAUUCGUAUGUGCAGCAAGCGGCCGCAAUGAAUGUCUACAGCACAACGCCCAAGCCGACGGCGGCGGCGCCUGUAAAGAAACGUAAAUACUAUUGCAAAGAAGGUGAUAAGAUUGCGGAUCAAACCUCGGCUAGUAAUUACUUUGUGUGCUAUAAGAAUGCGCAGGGUAUGAUGAAAGGCCACAAGAUGGCUUGCACGAAGAAUUUGAUUUUCUGCUCGAAGAAUUCCAUGUGCACGCUAGCGAGUAAAUGCGCGUAAUGAAGCUAAUAAAGCGGUAAAACUGACAAGUCAUUGCAAGCAAGAAGGAAGUGGCGAAAUGUAAUAACGUUGAUUUUGGUGGGCGAAUGCGUAACGGAAACGGAAUAAUGCAAAAGGAACUGAGUGCGCAGGCAAAUGUCAAAAGUGAGGAAGUUGGUGUUGCCAGUGUUUUUGUUUUUUAUAACGAUGUUUCUAAUAAGUCGAAAUCUUGUGGAUUUUAUUGCUUAUUUUUUGCGUAUUUUUGCAA